CGUAAUGCUCAUAUUUCCAAAAGCCCUGAAGCCACUGAGCGUUUGACAGGAGUCUGUCCUUGGCGAGCAGAGCUGGACUCCCCGAGCUAACAGACAAACACGAGCCCUGUGCGCUCGCUGUGUGUCAAGUCGGUGCUGUGUUUGUGUGCCUGUGCCCCGCCCCCAGCUUAAGAGGUUCGGGGUCAGGGGUCAGGUCUUGGGCUAAUGUCACACAGUUCUAGUGAAGAGGGGGGUCUCUCCCAGGCUGCCCCAAAUGUCCCCAACACCCGAGAACUUCUGGACAACCCCACUCAGUCUGUGGCAACACCUCGGGAUCAGGUGCCGCCGACAGUGGACGAGGCCUCUCCUUCUUCCACCUCCUCCUUUGAGAUGAUCGACAUGGAGUCGGGCCCCGCCCCUUACCAAGAAGUGCAGCCUCACUGGUUCUUCUGUCGACGGGCCGAUGACAACGCCUCCUGGCUUCCUUUCAGCAGAAAAGACUCUGACAAACUAGAGAAUGCCAGCCACGCUGUGGGAGACCAGGAGGAUGAGGUGGUGAUAGCCGUGGAGGGAGAGCGGUAUGACGUACAUGUCAAGGAUAGGAAGCGCUACGCUGUGUACUGGGAGCAAGGCCCCACUGAAGUACGCCGCUGUACCUGGUUCUAUAAAGGAAACAAAGACACCAGGUUCAUGCCUUAUCCUGAGGACUUCAGCAAGCGACUGGAGGAGGCCUUUAUGAUAUCAGUGACCUUGAAUGAAUGGAAAAGAAAACUGGAGUUUCCCAAUGGAGAGACUGUCAUCUUACACAAUCCCAAGCUCAUGAUGCAGUAUCAGCCAAUAGGAUUGCAGGAUGAGUGGGUCUCCUCCCCCAGUGAGCAGACACGUCCUGGAACGGUCAAGAGGGGAGUGAACAAUAUCCCUGUAGAAAUACCUGAUGGGGAACCAGAGAAGGUGGACCACCUCGUCUUUAUGGUCCAUGGCAUCGGCCCUGCAUGCGACCUGCGCUUCAGAUCCAUCAUACAGUGCGUAAAUGACUUCAGGAGUGCUUCACUGUCCCUCCUGACCUCUCAUUAUAAGCGCGCUGAGCAGGAUGGCCUGAUAGGUCGAGUGGAGUUCCUCCCAGUCAACUGGCACAGCGCUCUGCACGGGGACGCCACUGGUGUGGACGAGGACAUCCAGAGGAUAACUCUACCCAGCAUCAGCAGGCUGAGACAUUUCACCAACGACACUCUGCUGGAUCUGUUUUUCUAUAACAGUCCCACCUACUGCCAGACCAUAGUGGACACGGUGGCCUCAGAGAUCAACAUGCUCCACACCCUCUUUAGGAAGAGGCACUCGGACUUCAAUGGGGCUGUUUCUGUAGUGGGCCACAGCUUGGGUUCGCUUAUCCUGUUUGAUCUGCUAACCAAUCAGAGGAAUGGAUCCAGAAAGGCCAAAGAGGCUGUGCCCUGUGGGGAGCCCUUAGAUCUGAACGGUGACACACUGCAGCAGACUUUGAGCAGACUUGGCCUACAGCAGUACCUGGAUACUCUUCAGGCUGAAAACGUAGACCUGGAGUCACUGGCUCUUUGCCAAGAUGGGGAUCUCAAAGAUUUAGGAAUUCCUCUUGGACCUCGGAAGAAAAUCCUAGACUACGUUCAGAAGAAAUGUCUUUCACAGGCUUUUAAGACGGGGGCAGUACAUCUGCCAGAAGGGUUGCAAGCUCCACCUCAAAUGACCAGCAACUCUGAUGGGAACCAGUCUACAGGAUUUACAAUGCAGCAGUCCCAGUUCCACAGGGCGCAGUCCGUCACCAGUGCCGUAGACUACGAGUACUUUGACGUCGGCAUCGGACAGACCAAUGGAGGCAUAGCCAAGGGACAGGUAUCCAUUGAUUACCCGCAGCUGGCUUUUCACCCUCAAACAUUUUUCGCUUUUGGUUCUCCUAUUGGAAUGUUCCUGACUGUUCGUGGGCUCAAACAAAUUGAUCCCAACUACAGCUUCCCGACCUGCAAGAGCUUUUAUAACAUCUACCAUCCCUAUGACCCCGUGGCCUAUCGGUUAGAGCCCAUGAUUGUAACUGACGUGGAUCUGGAGCCCAUGCUGAUCCCUCACCAUAAAGGCCGAAAGAGAAUGCACCUGGAACUAAAGGAUAGCUUUACCCGUAUGAGCAUGGAUUUGAAGAACAAUGUUUUGGGAUCGUUAAGGACGGCAUGGCAGUCCUUUUCCAGGAUACCGGUGGCUGCACUACCUCCGGUGGAUGAAGGAAACGCUACAACAGAGCGAGACCUUCAUGAAACCCAGGCCUCGGCAGCAGUUACUUCUUCUGCUAAGAGAGAAGAGAAAAGUGCUAAUUUUUGGACUAAAAUAAUGGAGUGGCCCAGGGCCCUUCAUAAACGUUACUUCCAAGCAGGAGUGUGCGACGAGGCGGAGUCCUCGGGGUCCGCAGAGCAGACGGAGCAGCCUGAGAUUAAAGUGGGGAUGUUGAAUGGAGGACGACGGAUUGACUACGUACUUCAGGAAAAACCUAUCGAGAGCUUCAACGAGUACUUGUUUGCCAUCCAGUCUCAUCUGUGUUACUGGGAAUCUGAGGACACUGCUCUCCUGCUGCUGAAGGAGAUCUACGACAAGCUAGGUGUGGCCAUGGAACAGCCACAGCAGUAACUUGCUUUGAAGCGAUGACAUUAUCUCGAAGGUGAAAGAAAUGAAGGACAGCUGACAGAGCCAGAGACCGCACAAUCUUCUUCCAUGGUGCCUUACCGUCUGGGUGCCCCGGGCUCCCCUCCCUCGACGUUGGAGUCAGGUGACCUCGGUUCAGAUAUAACAGUUUGCCUUCAAUUGAAGGAGUGGCGGCUUUUUAUUGGUGCCUAAACCUCCGGGGCAUGACUGGCUUUUGUGUCUAACAGUUCUUUCAAAUCCACCCAAACAUCACUGUCAUGAUCCCAUCAUGACGCAGCUGGUCUUCGUGAGUCAUUCUUUAUUUCUGUUUAACUUUGCACUUUUGCUUGCCAACUAGUGUUUAUAUAUUUUGCCUCAGGCUAUACCUGAAUGAUAUGAAAAAAAUUAUCAUGAUCAAAUGCAGACAAACACCGUACUUUAUGAAAGAACACGUAUCAAGUAUAAUAUCUACCACAUAAGUUUACAAACUGGCCAUCAAAGCUGGUAUUUCUAUGCAUUUGACAAUAGUAGUAUAUAUGUCCCAGAGAUAUCUAAUGUAUAAGAUUUGAUGUAAUUUCCAGCCCUUUGAAUAUCCUCCAAAAAACAGAAAUGUAGCUGUAUAGUUAUGAUUAACUAUAAGUGUGUUUAACAGGGCAUCUCUUUCUGACCCUUUAAACCCAAAACUGUCUUGAACAACGAAGCUCUUCCUCAGCAAAAAGCGAGUCCUUAACUUUAUAAAUAAGCAGGUCCACUGGUUUAAUUUAGUUCACUAUGAAAUGUUUAGGUUCUUGAGGUUAAUAUUUUGUCUUUGAGCAGCUAUAUUUAGUUUUAGUCAAACUUAAGGCUACUUGAAACGUAGCGCUGCUUCUCCUAUAAUUGUGCAAUACAACAGUAAAGUUCUUUUACAUUUCACAGAUGUAAUGAAGCACUGACGCUGUCAUUGAAAGGGAAGUUCAUCUUUCCCUUCCUGUGAUAUUUUUCUUUCACAUGCCGCAUGUAUUUGAUUCUGAUCAUAUCUAAACCUGUUUCUAAAAGAAGGGAUCAAAAUUAAGAUAUUUUUACAGAAAUGAAGUGUGUGUGUGUGUUUGUGUGCGCGCAUGAGAUUGUAUGUUUAUAAACUGUUGAAGACCAGUUUCAGUCUUUCCUCCCCUACGUCUGUGCCAGUCCUCCUACACCAUAUCUGUAAUUACUAUCAGCAGCCUAUUCUUUAUUCUAAAAUAUGGCAUUGAUUUAAAUACAGUAGAGUAUCUAACGUUUCUAUAAUGUAGGGGCCUAAUGGCACAUGUUUGUCUAUGUAGCAAGGUGAUGUAAAGUAAUUUUCUGUAUCGCGUGCCCUCUUUGCUUUGUUAGAGCAGGGUCUCUCAACAUUUUCAGGUCCUGACGCGAUGCUCGUCCAGAAAUGUUGCGCAUAAUUCUCGUGAAAUCCUAUGGAUUUGAUAAGAAGAUCAUGAUACAUAAACUAUAUAGAAAUUAUGUUUUAAGGAAAAUCAAUUUAUAUUAUGAAAUAAUAACAACAUAUCAACGACCUAAAAAGAAUUUGCAUCAUGGGGUCCAGACUACACUAAGUUGAGAGACUCUGAACUUUUUCAAAUUACUCCUCAUCCUCUCUAUCGAGGCAGCACGGCUCCACCACCAGAGCUCUGGCCCCUCUCUGCAACAUCCGCACAAUACAUGAACUAACCUAAUAGGCAUGUUCAGUUGUCUUCCUUCAGAAAUGCACUGAAUAGUUAUUCAGUUAUUAUUAUGCUGCACUUUCCUUGAACUUCACCGCCGUCUGUGUCGUUUUCAGUCUGUCGUUGAACGGAUCUUGAUGGUCCGUGGCUCCUCUUCCUCUCCACAACGUCUGUUAAAGUUGAUGCAAACCAAAAAACUAGUUUUCUCUUUUGUGCAUACCUUAUGAAUAUGGCCUCAUGUUUUGCGUGCCAUAAUAAAAAACUACAAUCGUCAA